GGGGGGUGGAGGCAUUGACAUGAAUAUUCAUGAGCUAGUGACAAAGGGCCAGUUGGACAGCUUAUGAGAAGAAGCCUGAGAUCGGCGCUUCACCAGAAGCCGUGUGAGUGUGGUUGAGUGAGUCAGAAAACUCGGGUAAUUCUGGAUAAUUGUCUUCAGCUGCGCUCGCGGGCAGCUCGUUGCCUUUAUCCUCGAUCUUCGCACAGAGGAGCCUACUAGUUCGCAGUCAGCCAGCGCGUGCUGUGAGUGACGGUACAUCGCGAGCUCGCCUCACAUAAACUUUUGGAGUAAAAACUUGCUGGCGCGAGUUGGAAAGUACUUAUCGCGCUAGAAGUAACAUUUCACAGCUCAACAUGGGGAAUAUAAGAAAUCUUUACGUGACACUUCUCGUGCUAGUUGUGUGUGUAUUUUGUUACGGACAGGAGACUCAUCAAAAGUUCAAAAUCAAACUUGCGGCGUUGUCAGCAACUAAGGCACCGCCAGCUCCAUUCACCGAAGAACCCCGAUCGGGGCUUAGGUAUCACCACAACCCUCGCACAUGCGGAGAAGCCGAUCUAUGUUGUAAUGGCCAAAACAAUACGUGUUUUGUGUUUGGUCGCCGUCUUGAUGCCAACACAAAUGAGUCGAGGUGCUACUGCGAUUCCAACUGUUAUGUGAUGUCCGACUGCUGCGUUGACUACCACGAACAUUGUAAAGCCAUAGACUGCGAUGUCUCCGACUGGACUGACUGGGGCGAGUGUGAUAACCCUUGUGGACUUGGCAGCCGCAGGAGAACUAGAAAAGUUAAAAGGUACCCGGAAAAUGGUGGUAAAAAUUGCCCGACAUUGAAACAACGCCGAGUGUGUGUCGGAGACAGCAAAGCAGAGGAGUGUCUACAACAGAGUGUGGAACACCAUGCAGAGGAGCUUCAAGAAACCGGCCGUAUUUUGCCUGCUGCUUAUGGAAUAUUCAGAACAAGUUCAAAGUAUGACCCAUGGAAGGGAAUCCUUAAAAAUUUAUAUGGAAGAAACUUCAACGAAAUUCUUACCAGAGCAACCUAUUGUGCCUACUACUUGGUGACAAGCUCUCGCGCAGCCUGCAACAGCACCGAGGUCAACCAGAAGUGGGCCAGAUCACUCAACAAGGGAGCUGAGGUUUGCGUGGAGUGUCAGCCGACAGCCAUGGACCGAGACCGUGGCGUCCGUUGUAUUGGCCACGGAGUGAUGAACAAGCUGACGCGAUGGACUGCCAUCAACGUACCUCACUGCAAGGGAGAGUGGACCAUGACCGUCGAUCACAAGCCCUGCACCUGUGACCGGGAUGAGGACCCUGAUGAUGAUCCAGCAGACAGAGAUGGACCCACAAGAAACUUCAUCUUUAUUUAGACAUCGCUGAAACAAUGUCUUAAAACCAACCACCAUCUUCAGACUAGAUCUGAUCAUCUGCCAGAUGGCAUUGUCUUAUCUCAAGGGAGACAAGUCUGCUCGCAUUUCACACCUUCCCAUAAUUCCUGUAUGCAGGAAGUACUGACAGAAUGAAUGCUAUACCACUUGGUGUCUUUGAGCACUGUAGAUUGUUUGUAUAGAACUGUGGACUGUCUAGUGUAGCACACUCUAGUGAUUCAUUCACUAUCAUGUAUAAUACAUUAUUAUAAACAGGGACAUACUUUUGUAAUCAUUGUACAGCACAUGUUGUGGCACCUGUUCUAAGGGCAAACCAGGAGAUUCUGCACCAGUAGCUCUGGCAGGAGGAUCAGGAAGAUCACUACCAAUAGUCUCUUUCUGCCCAUGCAAUAACAUUACACCAAGGCUGACGUUCUGUUGUCUGGUUUGGCAGACAUGGUUUGUCUUUGAAAUUCAGGCUUUGCUGGAAACAACCAUCUUCUAUCAAGAACACCAGUUAGCAGCUUUCCAACGGGACAGGUUCUUCAACUACCAAACCAGGAUUAUUGGCCAGUACUCGACAUAAUGGUCAGGGAUGAGAAUUUUCCGCAGAUCCACGGAAUUCCGGGAAUUUCAUAAGGCCAAGGGUCAUUUUUGUGAAUCAUCUAAAGCCUGCGGCCCCCAGACCCCCGGCUAGUUUUCAGUUUUUCUCAAAACUUCAUUCUCAUGCCUGAAUGGUACUCUACUUAUAUGUCCCUUAAACCUGCUUUUCAAGAGUUUGUCCAUUGUAAUAAGGUGCCAUUAAUGCAAAUUUCAUUCGAGGUUAUUGUUACAAUGUUUUGCAUCCUUCCCCAUUUCUGACAUUCGUGCAUAGGUCUCCUUGUUUGCCUGAGGAGUCGUUGUGUUGAACAACAUUAGAUUACAUACCAACUGUUAGUUUCUAGUUCACAGCAUUAACCUUCUUACUGUAUGGUCCGUAGCUUGCUGUCCCACUGUAUCAUUAUUACACAACUGGCAUGUAUUUGUUAAAUUUUGUGAAUUUCAAUUUGACGCUGAUCUUUCCAUUGGAUCUCAAUUCAGAUAGUUCAUUAAGUCUACUAACAAGUGAAAGUGCACAUCAAUAAAUUGUUUCAUUGGUCAGAGGAUAGAUUACUGGAUUCCUACAGACAUAAGACAAGCAAGAUUCUCAGUACCUUGUUCACAUCUUGAACAGGGCCCUUAUUCUCGAAACGUUCGUAGCCCUAAGAAUUCUUAACUUUGAUCGUAGCCUGUGUGUAGAAUGGGCUUAAGAAGUUCAUAGGGCUACGAACAUUUCGAGAAUAGCUAGCCUGAUUUAGCCAAACUCUUUACUGAUACAGUAUGUGAAUAUUUGGCACUGCAGUAGCCAGCAUGACCCAGGCUUCCAGGAAUCUUGCAUCAGUGUGUACCCAUCUUGUACCACCAGUUGUACCCAUCUUGUACCAUCUGUGUGUGUGAUGUAUUCAGUAAUGAUGUGUUACAGUGUACUCAUUGCAGCUAUUUAUUGUUUAACAUGUUUAACAUAUUAUUCAACCCCCGUCAUCCUAGUGCUGUCUAUGUACAAAGGCCAACUUUCUAAUUUUCUACAGGAAGUGUAUAAGUGUUGUCAAGUGUUGUGUUUAGGAUACACGUUGGUGUGCUUACAUUGUCAGGAUAUUUGAAUGCAUUUGGGAACAUGUGAGCGUAAUGGUCUAGAAAUAUUGUCAUUGUCACCAGUAAUAACAAAAGCCCUAUUUUUAAAUAUUUCAAACAUUUUGUUUGGUGAAUGCUGGAAAUGUAUUCAAAACCACCCAAAAAAUUAUUUAAAUAAAAAUACGAAUGCUGUUAGCUGCUUAGUCAUAGGUCAUUUUUGUCACAGCAUUCAUGUCUUUGUAUAGAUAACAUACAUUGUUGUCCUCUGUUAGGAACAUUAUCAUAUAGUAUUAGUCAUCCCCUCAUCAAGCUCUGUAGUUUACACACAACAUACACAUCAAGCUACAAUCUAGUGUAAAUAUGCACAGCUGCAAAAGGACUGGUCUCUGAAAUUUAUCUUGCAAGUGCAUAAAUACCUUUGUGAAAGAUAUUGGUUAUACUCAGGAAAGACUGAAGAGAAUGCUGUUUCCUUUUAAUUUGUACAUGGGAUGAGGUUGUCAUGUCCGAGAAAUCCUUCUCCAUCUCAGUUCCAUGCAAUUAAUUCUAAUCAGCAGGUGUAGGUAGGUUUUUGAUGUGUGAUUGGUCUUACAUGUGGUGGAACACUUCUAGUUUUUUACAUUUACAGAUAGUGGGAGACGUUGAAUAGAAAAGAUGCAUGAAAGCAUGAAAGAGUAUGGCACAAGAGACAGCCCUGUCUAACACCUAUUAGUUUGUCAGUAUUAGCAUGGUAUUGAGCUUAAUUUUUCAGCAUUGUCAGUUAGAUCUGUACAAAUGCUUCAGCAUUGCACGCUAGUGUAUUAUCAAGCAACAUUUUAUUAUUUAUAUCUGUUUCAGAAAAUUUUAAUUUUCACCUCAAAGUGAACACUGAUCAAAAUGGUGCUGAAAGGUCAUGGCAACAUUUAAGUUGCUAUGGUGACCAGCCAGUCACAUGAUUGUUUCCAUGGUUGCCAUGGUCAUGUGACUUCCAUGUUUACAUGUCCAGUCUUUGAUGAAGUCAUGUGUCCAGUGGCAGAUUGAGGGGUCAUCAGUCAUGUGAUUGGGUUUUCCAUAUUUGGUAGUCCACGUUCGUACUGCAGUGGGGCCAAAAUCUUUUAAAUGUGCUUCAACAAUCUCUGUAAAUUAAUAUUUUUGUAAAGGAAAACUAGAAUACGGUUAUGUAUCAUUUGCAUUUUGAGAUUGAGUAAACAUACAUAAUUGUAGCAAUUAAGUGAAAGCUUCAAGCAAAAAGGAAGCCCAUAUUCAAAUGCAUCCAACUCAAGUUCCUGUUUGACUGAUUAAACCUAUUGACAUUUGUGUAACCAAUGUUCAAGGCAAUCUCACAGGUUAAUAACAUAAUUAUCCUACAUUAGAUGCCCUAGUAGCCCUCUGUACCUCUUGUAUAUACUAUUAUCUACGCAUUUCCGUUCAUUACAAUUGUAUGUAAGCAUUCAUAAGUUUUAACUGUACAAAUUAUUUUUAAACAUAGAUCAACGUCAUCAAGUGUUGAUAAGUACUGAAUUUUUAGACUCUUUUUAUGGCUGUUGCAAAGUUUUGUAUUUCACAGCAUUUUAGGCCGGUGUUUACACGAAGUUUACAUGUGGAGUUUGCCUAAAAUAAACACUUUCUUUGCCA